GUCUUUUGCAUAUCCAAGCAAAUUAUAAUCAAUAUUUGCCUUAUUUUUGUGUUCCAAAAGAAAAUGGAGAUGAAAUUGGUGAUCCUUAUCGGGCUGAUGGUUAUGGUUCUGAACCAUGCAAGUCCUGCAAAUGGCGAUAUCACAUGCCAAGAGGCCUUGAUGGAUUUGAUGCCAUGUAAGGCAUACUUGACGGGGUCCGGCCCCGGGACUCCUCCGAUUACUUGUUGCAUUGGUGUGAAAACCGUUUAUGAUGCGGCUACCACCAGAGAGUGUCGGAGGAACCUCUGUGAAUGCUUCAAGAAAGCAGCUGCUGGCAUUCCGAUCAACCCUGACAGACUCAGGCAGCUUCCUGACUCCUGCCAUGUGUCCCUUCCCGUUCCUCUCGACCCCAAAAUAGACUGCAAAGCAAUUCCUCAAGUCUGAAGGGUAUGCGUGCAUUGCAUGAUGAGAUAAAUAAGACUUAGGAGAAGGAUCAGCACAGAUGUUUUGUGAUGUACAAAUAAUUAAUUAGUGUUUGAUUACCUUUCGUACAUCCAAAAUAUGUAUUAAAAAGAAAUUAUGCAAAUGGAAUUCUACCCUUC